AAACUCAUGCUCAAACAUACUCAAAACCCAGCACAGGCACAGCAAACCCAGUUUUACGACUUGCUUCCCUCUCUUCUCCCUAUCCGUUUGUCGCUCCCCUAAUUUGUUUUCUCGGCACUGCAACACAUACAAUACAAUACAUAAUUACUUGUCCUUCUCUGUAAAUUUCUGAAACCCUAGGGGCUUUCUUUUACUUUUUCUUUUUCCUUUCUUCAUUUUCUUUCACUCGAUUUUUUUUUUUUUUUAAAUUUCUCCCCCAGUUUCAACUCUUAUUAUUUUUAUUUCCAUAACGUUAGGGCUUUAUUUUAACAUUUCGAUACAUUUCGGAUAAUUUACAGUCUUCUUCAAAAAUUUUCUCCUUCUGAUUUCUUGGAUCUGGUCAUGGACUCGCGAGAUUCGUCUUCAUCGCAAUCGACGCCCGCCGCUAAUCGAGAUUCUACGGCGGUUGGCUCGUCAUCCACUGCCGAGGACGAUGCCGUUCUUUCUUUCACCGCUGCUCUUGCCAAGGACGCAGCCUUGCAUUUCCAGUCUCGCCGCUUCGCUGAGUGCCUUGCCGUUUUGCAUCAGCUUAAGCUAAAGAAAGAAGACGAUCCCAAAGUUAUUCAUAAUAUUGCUAUUACGGAAUUCUUUCAAGAUGGAUGUUCAGAUCCAAGGAAGUUGCUUGAAGUUCUUAAUAAUGUGAAGAAAAAUGAACAGCUUGCUCAAGCAUCAGGAGAACAGGUUGACUCUGUGAGUAAUGCCGGAAAUAAAGUUAUUUUGGGGUCCAAGGGAAGUGGUACAACCACAUACCAAUUUUCUGCUGCAAAUAGUUCGACACUUGUUUACAUGGAUGAGUUUGAUCCAGCAGUCACAACAUUAAACAUAGCAAUUAUCUGGUUUCAUCUUCAUGAAUAUACAAAGGCAUUAUCUGUUUUGGAACCUUUGUAUCACAAUAUCGAACCUAUUGAUGAGACAACUGCUCUCCAUGUUUGCCUUCUGUUGCUGGAUGUUGCACUUGCCUGCCGGGAUGCAUCAAAAUCGGCUGAUGUACUUGUUUAUCUGGAAAAAGCUUUUGGUGUUGGCUGUGUGAGUCAAGGUGAUAAUGCAAGCACCACACAGCAACAAUCUGCAAAUCUAGUUGCAAAAUCAUCCUCUAUUCCGAGCAGUUCUUCAGUAGCAGAUGCUUCCAGUUCAGAUUUAGUGCAUAGUGGGAAUGCCUUGGAAAAUUCUUUAUCAAGAACUUUAUCGUUAUCGGAGGAUACACUUGAGUAUGAGUCCAUGUUUUCACUGGACAUAAGUGGACAGAACUUAACCAGGCCAUCUGGUCUCUCAGCUUCAAAUGAUAUUUCGAGGACCCAACUUGAUAGGUCUACAUCUACAAUUGAUCUGAAGCUUAAGUUGCAGCUCUACAAGGUCCGUUUUCUGCUUCUCACAAGGAAUUUAAAACAAGCAAAGCGCGAAGUCAAGCUUGCUAUGAAUAUUGCACGUGGGAGAGACUCAUCCACAGCUCUCCUCUUGAAGUCUCAGCUAGAAUAUGCUCGUGGAAACCAUCGUAAAGCCAUCAAGUUGCUGAUGGCAUCAAGUAACCGGACGGAGAUGGGGAUUUCAAGCAUGUUGAACAACCUUGGUUGCAUUUAUUAUCAGCUUGGAAAAUACCAAGCUUCAUCUGUCCUCUUCUCCAAGGCACUUAGUAGUUGUGCAUCUCUCCGGAAGGACAAGCCUAUGAAGCUGUUAACUAUCUCACAAGAUAAAUCUCUUCUCAUUAUGUACAAUUGUGGCAUACAACAAUUGGCUUGUGGGAAACCCUUACUGGCUGCUCGAUGUUUCCAGAAGGCUAGUUUGAUAUUUUACAACUACCCUAUCUUGUGGCUCCGGCUUGCUGAAUGUUGCCUCUUGGCUUUAGAGAAGGGACUUAUAAAAGCCAGUCGAAUUCCAUCAGAUCAAUCUGAAAUCAUAGUUCAUGUUAUAGGCAAGGGAAAAUGGAGGCAUCUUGCAAUAGAAAAUGGGAGUUUAAGAAAUGGAUAUGUGGAUUCUAUUGAAAAGGAAGACUUGUUUUUGGGCAGCGAUGGCCAACCUAAGCUCUCUGUUUCUCUUGCCCGGCAGUGUCUUCUCAAUGCGUUGCAUUUGUUGGACUCUUCUGAUAUGAACCAUUUGACGUCCAGUUUGCCUUCCAGUAUUUCAUUGGAUGAAAAUGAAUCAGUUGAAGCAGUAUCUCUGAAGAACUCAAACCACAAGAAUUUAACUGGCCUUGAUACAAAAACGUCAGCUGUAUCUGUUGGCUUAGGUCAGCUUAAUGCGAAUGGGGACACAAAAGAGCAGAAAGGAGGUACAAGUCAGGAGAUCAUGCAGAAUUUUGUUUCUGACUUUGAAGAUAUUCUUAGGAGAGAGAAUCAGAUGAUUAAGCAAGCUCUUCUUGCUAACUUGGCAUAUGUAGAGUUGGAACUUGAAAAUCCUGAAAAGGCCUUAUCCACUGCCAAGUCUCUCCUGGAGCUUCCAGAAUGUUCAAGAAUAUAUACUUUUCUUGGUCGUAUGUAUGCAGCAGAGGCCCUCUGUUUGUUGAACAAGCCAAAGGAAGCUGCGGAACACUUAUCAAGAUAUUUUUCUGGAGGAAAUAGUGUAGAGCUGCCUUUCAGCCAGGAGGACUGUGAGCGAUGGCGAGUGGAGAAAACUUUUGAUUGUGAAGAGCCAAACGGAGGAUCAGCCACUGUCAAGAAUUCUUCUUCGGAGGAAUCACGAGGUAUUGUUUUCCUCAAGCCUGAAGAGGCACGAGGUAUUCUGUAUGCGAAUUUUGCAACCUUGUAUGCAGCCCAAGGUGAUCUCGAGCGGGCUCACCAUUUUGUGACACAAGCAUUGUCCCUUGUACCUGACAGUCCGGAGGCCACUUUGACAGCAAUUUAUGUGGAUCUUAUGCUCGGUAAGUCACAAGCAGCUAUUUCCAAGUUAAAACAAUGUAGUCGGGUCAGGUUCCUUCCAAGCCAUGUACAAUUGAAUAAAUCUUGAUGGGUUUGUAUCAGAUUAAGUGGCUUCCAAUUCUUGUGUCUGGCUUACCUCAGUGUUAGUUAGUGGGUAGAUCAGAAAUCCUUUAAUAGGAUUUGUAACAUAUAUAUAGUUCAGUUCAGAGAAUAAAUUUUCCCUUUUUUUUUUUUAUUUUAUUUUAGUUUUCAUAUUUUAGGUUCCAUUAAUUGGUGUGGCAGAGUGUUUUGGAUAGAGCGGAUGCCCACCUUUCAAAUUUAUGUUGUGCUCUUCUUGAGAUUGAAAACAGAAGAAAAGAAAUUAAUCAUCAUUUUCACUUGAGAUUUUCGUUUUC